AGAAAGACUUUUUUAUACACUUAUACAAUUCUCCAAUUACCAUAUAGGCUACCUGGGAAAUGGGCUGGCUGUUUACCCGAAUGGACACACUGUUGACUCUCUGCGUCUCGCGGUGACAGGCGCGUCAGGCAGUGAAGGUCCGCCCCUCGGCGGUGUUCAGCAGCGCUCGCGCAUCACUCUCAAACGCUAAUUCCACCGGGACAGACGCAACUUCGGUCCGCACGCGGAGCGGAGGAGACGCACACGAAAUGACACCAAUGGCUGCGCUUGUGUUCACGGCGACUUUUGCGCUAAUAAUCUGGAUACCGAGUUUCUCGUUAACCGCACGGGUCUACCCUCCUAAUGAAGUGACGCUGCUGGACUCGAGAACUGUGCAGGGAGAAUUGAAAUGGGUUGCGAGUCCGACGGAAGGAGGGUGGGAAGAAGUGAGCAUCAUGGACGAGAAGAAUACGCCAAUCAGGACGUACCAGGUAUGCAACGUAAUGGAACCCAACCAGAACAACUGGCUCCGAACAGACUGGAUCCCCCGUGGCGGAGCUCAGCGUGUCUACAUCGAGAUCAAAUUCACCCUGCGUGACUGCAACAGCCUGCCAGGAGUCAUGGGAACUUGCAAGGAGACCUUUAACCUCUACUACUACGAGUCCAACAAUGACAAAGAGCGGUACAUCCGAGAGAACCAGUUCACCAAAAUCGACACCAUCGCGGCCGACGAGAGCUUCACGCAGGUGGACAUAGGAGACCGCAUCAUGAAGCUGAACACGGAAGUGCGGGAUGUAGGAAUUUUGACGCGGAAGGGCUUCUACUUGGCCUUCCAGGACGUCGGGGCCUGCAUCGCCCUGGUAUCCGUACGGAUCUUCUAUAAGAAAUGCCCCCUCACUGUACGCAACCUGGCCCAGUUUCCGGACACCACCACCGGGGCGGACACUUCAUCACUAGUGGAGGUACGCGGAUCCUGUGUGGACAAUUCCGAGGAACGCGAGGUUCCUAAAAUGUACUGCGGAGCAGAUGGAGAAUGGCUGGUGCCUAUUGGGAACUGUUUGUGUAACCCUGGCUAUGAGGAACAUGGAGGAACAUGCCAAGCCUGUAAGAUCGGUUACUACAGAGCUCUGGCUACAGACGACAGCUGCUCCAAGUGUCCGCUGCACAGCUACUCUGUGAGGGAGGGAUCUACUUCCUGUGCCUGUGACAAAGGCUUCUUCAGGUCUGAGACGGACCCUGCCUCUAUGCCCUGCACACAGCCCCCAUCUGCUCCUCAGCACCUUAUUUCCAAUGUGAAUGAGACCUCUGUGAAUCUGGAGUGGACGGCUCCAGCGUCCUCCGGUGGCAGGCAGGACCUUGCUUAUAACGUCAUAUGCAAGCGGUGCAGUUCGGACGGCCAGCGCUGUCAGCCCUGUGGCAACGGCAUCCAUUUUUCCCCUCAGCAGCUGGGCCUUCGCGCCACCCGGGUGUCCAUAAACGACCUGCAGGCUCACACCAACUACACCUUUGAGAUCUGGGCUGUCAAUGGGGUCUCCAAGCAAAGUCCUGGACCGGAACAGGCGGUGUCUGUGACGGUUACCACUAACCAAGCGGCUCCCUCUUCGGUUACCACCAUCCAGGCCAAGGACAUCACUAGACACGCUGUGUCUUUGGCAUGGCAGCAACCCGAGAGACCAAACGGAGUCAUUCUUGAGUACGAGGUCAAGUACUACGAGAAGGAUCAAAAUGAGCGCAGCUAUCGCAUAAUGAAGACCACGUCCCGAAGUGCCGAGAUCAAAGGCUUGAGCCCGCUCACGUCCUAUGUAUUUCAUGUGCGUGCCCGCACCGCUGCUGGCUACGGAGACUUCAGUGCCCCCUUCGAGUUCAUGACCAACUCAGUUCCCUCUCCCAUUAUUGGAGAUGGCGCCAACUCCACCGUGCUGCUGGUGUCUGUGAUUGGCAGCGUGGUUCUCUUACUCAUCUUCAUCGGAGUCUUCAUCAUCAGCCGCAGGAGAAGCAAAUACAGCAAAGCUAAACAGGAUUCUGAUGAGGAGAGGCAUUUACAUCCAGGGGUCCGGAUCUAUGUGGACCCCUUCACCUACGAGGACCCCAACCAAGCAGUCCGUGAAUUCGCUAAAGAAAUCGACGCCUCCUGCAUCAAGAUUGAAAAGGUCAUCGGCAUUGGCGAAUUCGGGGAGGUGUGCAGCGGUCGUCUCAAAAUGCCUGGAAAGCGUGAGAUCUGCGUGGCCAUAAAAACCCUCAAAGCGGGAUACACUGACAAGCAGAGGCGGGACUUUCUGAGCGAGGCCAGCAUCAUGGGCCAGUUUGACCACCCCAACAUCAUCCGACUGGAGGGAGUCGUCACUAAAUGUAAACCAGUUAUGAUCAUCACUGAGUACAUGGAGAACGGAUCCCUUGAUGCUUUUCUCAGGAAGAACGACGGGCGGUUUACUGUAAUCCAGCUGGUGGGAAUCCUGCGUGGCAUCGCUUCAGGAAUGAAGUAUCUGUCUGACAUGAGCUACGUCCACCGUGACCUGGCGGCACGAAACAUCCUGGUGAACAGUAACCUGGUGUGCAAAGUGUCCGACUUCGGCAUGUCUCGAGUUUUGGAGGAAGACCCAGACGCUGCUUACACUACCAGAGAAAUAACAGGAACCUAUCAAUCACAGGGAGGCAAGAUACCUAUUCGCUGGACCGCUCCUGAAGCCAUCACGUACAGAAAGUUCACCUCCGCCUCCGACGUGUGGAGUUACGGCAUCGUCAUGUGGGAAGUGAUGUCAUACGGAGAGCGGCCAUACUGGGACAUGAGUAACCAGGAUGUGAUCAAGGCGAUUGAGGAAGGCUAUCGGCUGCCUCCACCCAUGGACUGUCCAGUUUCUUUGCACCAGCUGAUGCUGGAUUGUUGGCAGAAAGAGCGCGCUGAAAGGCCAAAGUUCAGCCAAAUUGUCAACAUGCUGGAUAAACUCAUCCGCAACCCCAACAGCCUGAAAAGGACGGGAGGAGAGAUAGCCAGACCCAACACCACCCUCCUGGAGCCCAGCAGCCCAGAAUUCACAUCCACCCUGGGAUCAGUCGCCGAUUGGCUGCAGGCCAUCAACAUGGAACGUUACAGAGACAACUUCACUGCUGCUGGCUACACCACUCCAGAGGCUGUGGUCCACAUGACACAAGAAGACAUGGCGAGGAUAGGGAUCUCUUCUGCCGCACAUCAGGAUAAGAUCCUCAACAGCGCGCAGGGAAUGCUGUCCCAGAUGCAACAAAUGCAAGACAGGAUGGUUCCUGUCUGAACCCAUGGGAUCGGAACACACAAACUCGAAACACACUUUGGACUUCCUUUUUUAUUUUUGGUUCUAAGAAAAUCCAUUUACCUCAUCCAUGCACUUUAAAUUAAAUUUAAAUGAAACAGAAAAAGAUUUCAGAGGAAUGAUACGGCACUUUUCUUUCAAUAAUGCCAUCCGAGUCGCGCUGUACUGAUGCUCUGGAUAUAUGAUUGUAGGAAACUUUUCAUUUCAGUGAAACUACGAAGGAGUUUCUCUGUUCGCUUAUUUGAUUUUUUGUAUGUAUGUGCCUGUAAGUAAAUGUAUAAAUAGUACUGGAUUUUUUGCCAUUUCAUGCGGAAUUUUAACACGCGAAAUGGAGGCGUCGGAGAUAAAGAUUUUAUGCACUCUUUACCGCUUUUGUUCCGGGGAUUUCGCAGAGGCAUUCAUCUUCCCAACGUCCACAAUGGAAGAGCAGCUCUGGAACGUCUCCAGGUCUCCCCACCCUCAGAAUGGAAUAUCUCCGCAAUUCUCCACACGGCUUGGGUUGGAAUAGAAAAAUCGUCCCUCAGUUUACAUCUUUCUCUCUUCACCUCGGCCUCCACGGUUUUCCCCUGCCCUCUCUCUCCUCGCCUCUCUGUCUCCGGAGACCUUCGGCGGGCCGUGAAAUCAACACAUGUCUCCCUCGCUGGAAGUUCCAUCAGAGCUGAGCUAAGAGUCACCUUCACACAUCUGCUCCGCAGCGAUAUCCUCCGUCAAACCCGACGCAGACUCGCAUCCAUUGCGGUUUCAAUAACUACAUUUACUUGACACCAGGACUUCAAUUCCCAUGAUUCCCGGAACGCUUCCACGACGGGAGACUGAAAACAUGACAAACAAACCCGAGGAGCAGUCGGUCGUCUCCUAAGAGAUUCAAUGAGAGAUAUAAUGAACAUUUUCAUUUGGUCUCACUCUUGACAGGAAAAACUCUCCGCUCUCAGUGCAGCGUGUUGCUGUUUUCUUUGAAGGAUGACGGUUUGUUUUGAGGCACAUACACAAAGGACAGAAGCACAUGAUGUGUGCUAAGACUGCAGAAGUUUGUGGCGGCUCUCUGGAGACCAACAUACUGGAGUUGUUUGCUAUAUAUCCUGUUCUUCGCUUCUUACCAAUGCUGGAGAUUGUAACUAAAAAAACACGCCACAUUUAUUUGAGUCCUUUGACUCAAAUGAAACCAUUUCAGUGCUAAUUUGAAUGGUCUGAAUGCGGACUGCAAGAAGAGGCACGUUAUUUGUACCUAAAAUAAACUUAUUACAGGAAUGUUUAUAAAAAGGGAAGAAAAAGAACUGUUAACAUUUCAAGUGUGCUCUGUUUCACUUCAUCCUUCCAAUCUGAGAGACUCAAUGUGACGCAUUCUCAUAUGAAAUGCUUUCUUCCCAUUUCAUCUUUCGAUAGACCCGGAUUAGGACCUGUUUGGAAUAUGCAAAGAAUGUGAAUGAGGAGAGAAAUCCAAUAGAAUGUACCGUGCCAAGUCUCCUAAUGUAGUUUAUUCCGAAAGAACACUAACGAUUCACGUUUUUUCCCCAGAUGAUCUAGACAUUUCAAGUUUAAAGUUGUGUCAUUGUUUUCCCUCUCUUCCAUUUUUAUUUUUUGAAUUUAGGUACAUGAAACAUGUCAUUUAUUUAUGGUCUUUUUUAUCUAGUUUGUAAAUUGUAAAAUAGAGCUAUGAGAGAAAUAAAUGAUUGCCAAGUGCAUUGUAAUUAAA